UGAUGAAGCUUUUAUAUUCACCUCGAAGAUUUCUUAAUGGUUUCUUUUCCCCUCACCGCACACCAAGACCACCUAUGAGCGCUUCCCAAUUAAGCGAUCUCCUCGGAGGAAGCCUUGCCGUCACUUUAGAUAAUGCUCCGUAAUCCACAUAUUACUUAGUGGAUUGCCUACCGGAUACCCUUUGCUUUGACCUUGGGCGGAUUUUGAUCUCCGCUCUCAUCCUUCGCUUUUUACCUAGAUCAUCCAAGGCCGAACUAUUCUGGGCCUCUUUUCUCUCUCUCUCUCUCUCUCCCUCCCCUCCCCAAAAUUGCACAGAAAGUGUAGUCCUGAUACCUUGACUUCCGUUCUCCCAGCGCAUUCUAGGUACAGCUGCCUAGCAUGAAUCCACCUUGUCGAAAUCGCCUUCAACAUGCCUAAACGAACAACUGGCGAGGCCAGUCGCUCCAUCAAUCCCACCCACUCGGACAACGAUGUAGAUGUUCUUGUAUCCCCGGACAAUUUUAACCAAGGCUUUUCUGACGACGACAGUUUCCCCAGUGCAUCCGAGGGUCUCGCAGAGGGAUUCUCGGGCCAGGCGGACCUUGAUUCUAUUCGCCGGUUGUCCGUCCACUCCCUCCACCAUGGGAGGACAUCUCCGGUUCGAGGUAGCGAGGGCCAUCCAGCGUACGCCCUGCAACCGACAUUGUCCUCGAGGGUCGUCAAAGUUCUCCGAAACAUCUGGGAUCAAAACCGCGGUGUGGUGUUGGUAGCGGUAUCCCAGCUAUUCGGCGCGCUGAUGAACUUGGCAGCGCGGGUGCUCCAGGUCGAAGCAGGGAUGCACCCGUUCCAGGUCCUGUUCGCCCGGCAGUCGCUGACCAUGCUCGGCGCCGUCAUCUACAUGUGGUGGACCAAGACACCGGACUUUCCAUUCGGUGCCAAGGAGGUCCGAUGGCUCCUGCUCGUGAGAGGCGUCUCCGGCUUCUUCGGCAUCUACUGCUUGUGGUCUUCGAUGCGGUAUCUCCCGCUGGCCGAAGCCACCGUCAUCACUUUCCUCGCCCCCAGCAUCGCCGGCAUCGCCUGUUACGUCGCCUUCCGCGAACCUUUCACCCGGGUGGAACAGGUCGGGACGCUCGUAGCCUUUGUCGGCGUCGUGUUUAUUGCCCGCCCCGCCUCCCUCUUCUCGGGCUUGGUGCCCGAGCACGAGGGUCCCGACGACGGCGGCGGCGGGCCGGACACGGGACAGGAUAUCACGCCCGGGCAACGCCUGCAGGCCGUCGGGGUCAACCUCCUGGGCGUCCUCGGCGCGGCGGGGGCCUACGCCACGAUACGCUGGAUCGGCAAGCGCGCGCACGCCCUGGUUUCGGUCAACUACUUCGCCACCAUCUGCACGGUGAUGUGCCUGGCCGUGCUGACGAUGGCGCCGGUGCUCGGCAUCGGGCAGCCCGAGCUGCGGUUCGCGCUGCCGCAGGGCGCGCGGCAGUGGUCCCUGCUGGUGUUCCUCGGCCUCAUGGGGUUCAUCAUGCAGUUCCUCAUGACGGCGGGGCUAAGGGUGGACCGGUCCAACCGGGCGAACGCCAUGAUGUUCACGCACAUGAUCUUCGCGGCGGCGUUCGACCGGUGGGUGUUCGGCGCGACCAUGGGGUGGACAAGCCUCGUCGGGUCGGGGCUCAUCAUCGGUGGGGCGCUGUACAUGGUGCUCUGCAAGGAUAAGGCGCUGCAGCAGAACGAGGGGGCGGACAUCGAGGCGGCUGCGGCGGCUCGGGCUGACGUGCGUGGUGCGGGUGACGUGCGCGAUUCGGAGGCCGUGCCUAUGUUGAUGGACGUGGAUCGGAACGACAGCACUGACGAUGAGGAUGAAGAGAGUGCGUUGAACAUGAGCAAGAGGUCCCCGCAGAGGGGCUAGCCUGUUGGCCAAGUGGCCUGGUGCAGUAAAAGUCAGAGGAAAAGGCUAUAGGCGCAGGAGAGGCUACGGUGUAGAAACUUUAGAAGCAUGAUGAUGACCGCCUUAACCAGCUCAUCUAGCAAAUUAGGUGCGAAGGGGUAACAGCACUUGGAUCACACCUAAGUCCUUGUUAACUUUGGUCAGAAACGGCUAGCCGGAUUUCGAGGGCCAUGUCUCGCAAGGAGUUGCCCAUUGUCAUCAGAUUUGCGUGAACGCAAUCCGAACAGAUUUCUCUGCGAGAAUAUCACGAGUCCAAGA